AGCGGCGGUGCUCCAGGUGGGCUGCCUUCAGGAACACGCAGUCAGAAGCGCACUCCGGGAGCGGGCCACUGCUCGACGCGCACAGGGGGGAGGAUGAGGGAGGACUAGAGAGAGACCCGGGAGCGCACAUCUCCCGCACGCGACGCGCCACCUGGAGAAAGAACAACAACAACAAACAACAAAAAUAAAAAAUAAAAAACCAAAUGUGGCUGCGGGACUUUCUGGCGCUACGGAGAAACUCGCGCGCACGUUGAGGCUUCAAGGAUGUUCCUCUCAGAUGGGACUCUCUCAGCCGUCACUUCUGCGCUCCUGCUGGGAAUAACGUGCCUGGGCGUCCUCGGCGAUCUCACCAAGGGCUCUGCAGACUUUUCAGGUUACCUGUCCAAAGUGUUGAGGAACUACAGCGAGCAGGCGUGUGACGGCGACUUCCUGUCUGUUCGCUGCCCGCCCCGCACCACCAUCACCGUCCAAUCGGCUUUCUACGGGAGGAGAGGCGCCUCCGACCUCCCGCAGUGCCCGCCGACCUACCAGGCCCUCCUGAGUUCUUACACCGCCUGGGAGGAUGAGCGAUACUGUUCUGUGUCCACCGCACUGCAGAAAAUGCUGGACGAAUGCCAGGACAGAAGGAGCUGUCAAGUCCUUGUCAACAGCCGCGUGGUCGGGACGGACCAGUGUCCCGGCAGCAGUAAAUACCUCAUUGUGUGGUACAAAUGUCGACCUAACGAGUAUAAGAGCAAGGUGGUGUGUGAGGAGGAGCGCAUGAGGCUGAGCUGCAAACCGGGUAUGCAGAUCGCCGUUUACUCCGCCAUGUUCGGCCGAACUCAACAGGGCACCCUGGAGUGUCCCCCGCACCACAGGAGGGCCCCGUCAGUAGACUGCCAGUCGUCGGUGGCUCUGCAGGUUCUGACCGCCCGCUGUCAGGGAAAGAAAAGCUGUCUGGUCCGAGCCUCCACCAGAGACUUUGGAGAUCCGUGUUACCCCGGCACCAGGAAGUACCUCAAUGUCAUCUACACCUGUGUCCCAAAGAAGUUGCUCCAGGAGCCGGGGCCCCGGCCGCCGGUGUACCCGCGUCCGCCCAGCGCCCGUGACCCCAACGUAGUGGGAGACAGCCCCCCGGAGGGCAGCUCAGUCAGAGGCCCCGACGCCGUGCCAGGUGAGCAAAAUAGAAAGAAGAUCAGGGAGACUAACCCCGACGAGGAGAGGUUUGCAGAAGCUGGACGUGGAGGAGGAGGAGGAGGAGGAGGAGGAGGAAGUGGAGGAAAAAGUCCACCGCCGCCCCCGGGCAUGAAUCCCGUCAUCAACUCCACCUCCAGCGCCAACAUGGCCCUCAUCAGCAACGCGCUGGCAGCCUACAACUACAUAUCAGGCCACCCGGAGCGGGCCGCGCUCUUCUUCGUCUGCGGCGUGUGCCUGGGCCUCUUCCUCACCCUCUUCGCCCUGGUGGUCCAGAUCUCCUGCCGCACCGACUGCCAGCCCCGCCAGCGGCCCCCCGCCAAGAAGCGGGCGCGCCCGGCCGAAUCGUCCUCCGACUCCAGCGACUCGGACUCGGACUGGGAGACCACCUCGGACCUGUCGGCGCGCCGCCACCGGCGGUUCGAGCGCACGCUCAACAUGAACGUGUUCACGUCGGCGGAGGAGCUGGAGAGGGCGCAGCGGCUGGAGGAGCGGGAGCGGAUCAUCCGAGAGAUCUGGAUGAACGGGCAACCCGACAUCCCCGGGACGAGGAGCCUCAACAGGUACUACUGAGGACCGCCGAUUGGGGAUUUCAGAGAAAGCCUACUUGACCCGAGCAACUUUUAGGACGGGGGAAAGGCGACGCGGCCCUCACGCAGCUUCACGAGCAAGCGCGCAGGCCACAGACUCGACCUGAUGAGAAAGGUCGGAGGUGUCGCCGACUCGGGGGCGGUGGGGGGUGGAGCUGCGUCCCCCAUUCAGUAAGAGAAAGGAGCUCCCCGGUCCAGCACGAUGCGUGCAACCCGUCCGCCCCAGGAAGACCGGAGGUGAUGGGCCUGCGGCGCCUCGGCCCUGACCUCAGCGGCCCCUUUUGAAGUGUGGAUUUUAUGGGUUGGCUGCCUUACGCACGCACCACACACACACACAUGCGCGCACGCACACACACACACACACACACACACAGGCCUGUAGAAACGACACAACGGCGAAGGGCCGAGGUCCCGGAGCGGUCUGUUUCUUCAGAAGACCGUGACACUCGGAGCUUCCUCCAGUAUUUAAGUGUGGACUUUACAGAG